ACACACCACCCUUUGAAAUCCUGGAACGAAUGCGCUCUCUCUCUCUCUCUUUCCAGCCCUGAAUACAGACAAAAUCAGGACCAGAGCUGGAAAGAGUGUGCGCCUCUCCCCGUCUCCUUUGUUCUUUCCUCCAUUGGCUGAAUGUCCUACUGUUUUCGCCCUCAUCUGCAUUCUUUUCAUCGUCUGCGAAAGAACUGGAGCAAAGCGCAGCGGCUUGGAAUGUCCCUUUGGAGAGCUUUUGCGCCCUCCUCCUCCCUGUGGUUGAUCCGGGAUCCCGGAGAGUGGUGAGUGGCUGCAGAAACCUCCUCCUCAAACCCACACCUCCCUGACCCCUCCCCUGCCACCGAGCCCUUAUACAGCACCCUCGACGCGAGCAGGCAGCUCCUAGCGCCGUUCCUCUGACCCGGAGAGAAGCCCUUUCUGCUCACCUGCCCGCCGGGACCGCAAAGCGCACCAUCACCAAGGAUGAAGGCUUCCUUCGCCGCGCUGCUGGCAGUUCUGCUCUGCGUGGAGAGAGGUAAGACUUCUUUCUCCUUUUGUAGGUUCGCCUAGCUCAGUACGGUCUGCACUGGCUGGCAGCAGCAGCCCAGGGCCUCAGGUGGGGGCCGUACAAGACCCACACCGCAUCUGAAAGAGGUCAGCCGUUUUAGAGUGGCGGCAACUUUGGAACUCCCUGCCUAUAGAUAUCAGGCAGGUGUCUCCCCUGUUUUCUUUCCGCCUAUAUUCUUUUCAUCGCCUGCCAAAGACAUUCUUUUUGAGACAAGCCAUGCCAGAAGAUGUUUAGGAAGCUGGUAUGAGUUUUAAUUUGUUUUCGUCUGUUGCAGUUUUAACUUUCGGCAUGUUUGGAAUCACGGCUGUAAUUUUUUUUCCUGGGAUGGUUUAAUUGCUUUGCCUAUUUUUUUUCCCCUGAACCACCUUGAGGCAUUUCCCUACAGUCAAGCGGUGUGCAAGUUUUAUGAAAUAAAUAACCCGGAGAUGCCAGAAACUGAACUUGAGACCUUCUGCAUGCAAAGCAGAUACACUAUGGCACUUUGUCCACUAAACAGACAAGAUUCUAGUCCUCAUGGGAUUCAUUUACAGUCCAUCUGACUGUGUUGCUCCAUCCACUCUGAGCAGCUUCCAGUUAAUUAAAACAGGGCUGGUAGCUAUAGACUCAUAGACGAAGAAUUGUAGAGUUGGAAAGGGACCACAAGGAUUAUCUAGUCCAACUCCCUGCAAUGCAGGAAUCUUUUUGCCCAAUGUGAGACUCGAACCCACAACCCUGAGGAGUAUGCUCUACCUACCGAGCUGAUAUGUAGGACUAUGUAGGAAGCUACCUUAUGCCAAGUCAUACCAUUACGCCCAGCGUGGUCUCAACUGACGAGCAGCGCCAAUUGAACCAGGGACCAUCUGCAUGGGGUUGGACUAGAUGAUCCCCAGGUGUCCCUUCCAACAAUUCUGUGAUUCCAUUCAGAGCAAAAGGGUAUGGCCCUUCCCAGAUAGGAGCUCGGGAAGCUGCCUUGCACUGAGCCUGGGAACCUUUGUCCCUCUAGCUCCGUAUGGGAGCCUCUCACUUGGAUUUCAUCUCAAGCCCCACCUAGAGGUUUCCAACCUGGGAUCUUAUACAGCUGUUUGGCCAUUGCCCUUCCCUUCAUCAUUUUCCUAGCCACGUCUAGAUGAAAACUGGUGGAGAGGCUGCCGUUUCCUUUUGUGUUGCUUAUUCGUUACUAUGAUCUCAUUCGUUAAAUUUAUGUGCUCAAAGAUCACGGGUGCGUUUAUAUCUCACUAUUUUUACUGAAAUCAUAGAAUCGUUAAGGGAACCCUCCUGAAAUUCAGGAACAGGCUGUCCCAUGCGGGGAAUCGAACCUGCAACCUUGGCGUUAUCAGUACCACGCUCUAGCCAACUGAGCUAUCCAGGCUGAUAUUAAUUUCUCCAGGGAGCUUGAGGUGGUGUUCAUGGUUCUCUGCCACCCGCCGCUCCUCAUUUAAUCACCACAACAACCUUGUGGGGUAGGGUUCAGGACACAACGCCCCUGUGCCCCCUUCACUCUAAAAAGCAGCUCUGAUAGUACCCCACAGAGGUCCACACACCCCUUCUUCACCCCUCCCGCCUCCUUGAAAGUCUCUCUCUCAGGCUACACAGUGUCCUUGAAGGCCCACAACGUCUCCUGAUUGUCCAGAUAAGAGAGGGGGCGUGUGUCGAAACCCGAAGGAUGAACCAGAGGGAAAAUUGGCAUGCAUUUUGCCCCUGGCCCUGCCCAACGCCAGCAUGCAGCCUUCAAAAGGUUUUCCAGAGGCAAAUGUGGGCUCCGGGUUGCAAAAGGGGCCCCAGCCCUGUCAUUGGGAACAGGGUAAGCUCAAACAAAGGGGUCAGCUAUGGCUGCAGGCAGCUCAAGCCUCUGGAAGACAAUAAAGCCACACCCUGGAUUGUCCUUUGUUGUCCAAGGAAGUGGAGAGAUGACUAAGAGGCGCCUGUUUUCAGUUAGGAGUUAUGAGGUCAGCUGAGACAUCAGCGGCGAUGGGGAGGGGGUUUUCUCUGCCAUUAUGGCGGCAGUAUUUUUCCUGCUGCAGGCGGUGGCGUGGCUUGCAAUGAGCUCAUCGCUUGUGGCUUCAGGGCUUGGCAAGGAUGGUUGGCUUGGCUUGGGUGGGUUGGUUGGGGGUGCAGGGAGAAUGCAAAGUCCUCGACUGAGCGCACAGAAACAUCAUUCCCUUCCUUUUCCAUGUACUUUUCGGGACCACAGAUCCUCUGCUAAACAGCUCGCGGCGAAAGAAUCUCAGCCAAGCCGUAUAACAUAGUUUGCACAUUAAAAAAAUAUUCAUAAAAUCUAUCUGCAGCUUGAUCAUAGGAAAAAGCCUCAGAUAGGCUUCUAUGAAGUUAUCACUAAAAAAAUCAGCAACCAUAAUUUAAAGCAUAGAGGAAGUUUAAACCACAAUGGAAUAGACUGAAACAAAUUAAAAUGGAGUGCAAACUUUCUAAACAUCUCGGUAGGCUGGUCUCAAUGCAAAUGUCUUCAGCCGAAAAAAAAACAUUGGUGUCUGCCUGAUAUCAAUAGGCAGGCGGUUCCAAAGUUGCCACACUGAGUUCAGGUGGGGUAAUGCGUGAAAUUGAUUCCAGCUUGUUUAAUAAGCCUAAGGCCUGGUUGAAGAGGAAUAUUUUCGCCUGGCGUCUAAACAUAUGCAAGGAAGGCACCAGGUGAGCUUCCACGGGGAGAUCAUUCCACAAAUGAGGAGCCACCACAGAAAAGACCAGUACUCUUUUUGCCACCCUCUUCUGAAGGAGGCACAUGAAGAAGGGUCUUGGAGGAUGAUCUUAGGGUUUGGGUAGGUUCAUAUGGAAAGAGGCAGUCCUUGAGGGAUUGCCGUCCUGAGCUGUUUAAGGCUUUAUAGGUCAAAACGAGCACUUUGAAUUGGGCCCGGAAACUAAUGGGCAGCCAGUGCAGCCAGACCAGGAUCGGUAUUAUAUGUUCAAACCAUCUUUCUUCUGUGAGCAACCUGGCUGCCAAAUUCUGCCCCAGUUGAACCGUCUUCAGAGGCAGCCCCAUGUAUAACACAUUGCAGUAAUCCAACCUGCAGGUUACCAGAGCAUAGAUGACAGGAAUUAGGCUGUCUCUGUCCAGAUAGGGAUGUGGGUGGCGCUGUGGUCUAAACCACUGAGCCUCUUGGGCUUGCUGAUCGGAAGGUCGGUGGUUCGAAUCCCCACGACGGGGUGAGCUCCCAUUGCUCAGUCCCAGCUCCUGCCAACCUAGCAGUUCGAAAGCAUGCUGGUGCAAGUAGAUAAAUAGGUACCGCUCCGGCGGGAAGGUAAACGGCGUUUCCAUGCGCUGCUCUGGUUCGCCAGAAGCCACUUAGUCCUGCUGGCCACAUGACCCGGAAGCUGUAUGCCGGCUCCCUCGGCCAAUAAAGCAAGAUGAGCGCUGCAACCCCAGAUUCGGCCACGACUGGACCUAAUGGUCAGGGGUCCCUUUACCUUUACCCAUCUGACUGGGUUUCCCCAGCCACUCUGGGCAGCUUCCAACCUAUACGAGAACAUAGUAAAACAUCAAACAUUAAAAACGUCCCCGUACAGGGCUGUCUUCAGAUGUCUUCUAAAGGUUGUAUAGUUACUUCUCUCCUUGGCAUUUGAUGGGAGGGUGUUCCACAAGGUGGGUGCCGCUAUCGAGAAUGCCCUCCCUCCUUGAGAGUUUCAGGUGGCCCCACAUGCCCUUCAACUCCUCCUUGCUGCUUCUUAUCACCAAACCUCUCUCUAUCUCUCUCUCCCACUCUGUUCUCAUGAACACCAGUUGUUGUUGUUUUGACAUCUCCACAGCACCAAGCUCCAAACAGGUGCUCAUUAAGCCCCGCAAUCGCCGUCUGAGGUGUGCUUCUUGCAAAAACAUCUGCCCACAGAGCUCUCCUGCCUGGAGCAGGCUUGCUGAUUGAGCAAAGACAUCGCUCUUGUUUUGGCUGUCCUCGAAGAACGACGUUGGGGAAAUACUUGGUUUGGGAGCCGGUCUAGGAAAGUGAGGCCUACCCAAGGGGGAUCCUGCUAACAGCAGUGUUGUAUGGCUUCACGCUUCCUUGGGAGGUCAGAGGAGAAUUCUCUGUUUAUAGGAUACUUUUCUCCCAGGGAAAGCACUGUUCAAUAUUGGCCAGGGGCAUUGGCCAGAUAAAGCAGUUGGUCCCUUACCUUUCCCGCCCCGAUCUGGCCACCGUGAUCCAUGCGACGGUCACCUCCAGGCUUAACUACUGUCAUUCGCUCUACGUGGGGCUGCCCUUGAAACAGUCCCACAAACUCCAGGGGGUGCAAAGCUGCAUACACAAAUAUCCACAUUAGGAGAAAUUUGCACUUAAAACGCUGAUGAAUUUUCAUGAAGGCUUUAAAGAAAAACAGUCUAAUAGUUUUCUGAUGUGAACUCCUGAAAGCCUGAAUUUGCAUCUAUCCAUAUGAAUAAGCAUAUUUGGGUCAAGGGCCUGUUUAAGUACCUUGCAACACCCCUUGUAUGUAGCAAGGCCGGCACAGCGCUGUGGCAAGUCAGGGCAAACUGGAUGGGUCAGAGAUGUUCCCAUAGCUUCUUGUGCUAAUGUGCUUCGGACGAAGAGCAGCUGCCUAGAAAAACGGGGCUUGGAAGCGCUGGAUGGUUUUCACUGUCCUUUGGUCAAAACAAAACAAAACAGGACUGAUGUGAGAGCAGAGAGCGAGUUAAACUGUGGAACUCACUGCCACAGGAAGCAGUGAUGGCCGCAGAUUUGGAUGGCUUUAAAAGAGUAUUGGACAAAUCCAUAGAGGGAGAGAGGACUACUGAUGGCUACUAGCCAGGAUGCCUAUGCCCUGCCAGUUGGAGGCAGCGAUGCUUCUGAAAGGGCCGGAUUGAGGUUUGAUGUGGCCCUCAGCUACUGAAGGUAAUGGGGCCCUUUAGAUGUCCAGCUGUCCCUUGUCAACAACAAAUUGUCACUGUUUUUUGUUGUUGAAUAUAUGCUAUAUGGGAAUUUAUGGACUUAAGGUAAAGGGACCCCUGAACGUUAGGUCCAGUUGCAGACGACUCUGGGGUUGUGGCGCUCAUCUCGCUUUAUUGGCCGAGGGAGCCGGCGUACAGCUUCCGGGUCAUGUGGCCAGCAUGACUAAGCCACUUUUGGCGAGCCAGAGCAGCGCAUGGAAACACCUUUUACCUUCCCUCCGGAGCGGUACCUAUUUAUCUACUUGCACUUUGACGUGCUUUUGAACUGCCAGGUUGGCAGGAGCAGGGACCGAACAACGGGAGCUCACCCCGUCGCAGGGAUUCGAACCACUGACCUUCCGAUCAGCAAGCCCUAGGCUCUGUGGUUUAGACUACAGCGCUACCCGCUCCCCUCAUUUAUGGACUUAAUAGGUAUCUAAAGCCAUUUGCACAUGUUGCCAUGCAACCAUCCGUGCAGUAUGUAGGCACCCUAUAUAAAAAGAUAAAGGGACCCCUGACAAUUAAGUCCAGUCGCGAACAACUCUGGGGUUGCGGCGCUCAUCUCGCUGAGGGGGCGGCCGUUUAUCCGCUUCUGCAGACAGUUUUUCCAGGUCAUGUGGCCAGCAUGACUAAGCCGCUUCUGGCGAACCAGAGCAGCGCACGGAAAUGCCGUUUACCUUCCCGCCGGAGCAGUACCUAUUUAUCUACUUGCACUUUGACGUGCUUUCGAACUGCUAGGUGGGCAGGAGCAGGGACCGAGCAACAGGAGCUCAACCCGUCACAGGGAUUCGAACUGCCAACCUUCUGAUCUGCAAGCCCAAGCAGCACAGUUGUUUAACCCACAGCGCCACCUGCAUCCCAUCCUAACAUGGCGGUUGAGGUCAAGGUGGCGGCCGCCCCUCUGCCACCGCCAUCGCUGCAGCAUCAACGUCCCGAACAUGUAUUGUUUGUUUAUUUAAAGUGUCCCUGGAUUCAUUGAAAAAAAUCCGGUACCCCUAGACUAGGUGAUCCAGCAGCUUCUUCUCAUGUUAUUAUAACUCUCAAAAACGACAAGGAUGCAUAGGUAUUCUUACAAAGCACAAACCAAAGGACAGUGUUUUCUUUCCCUCCCUGAGCUUUCGGAAACAAAUGAUGCUCUUUCUCUUCAUGCAGAGUUACAGCAAAUCUAAUCUAAUCCCCUGUGAGAAUUUGUCAGUGUGGCAUGUAAACUUCUGAGUUACACAAGACCAUUCCGCAGAGAGCAUGGCGCCCGACCUCUUUUAACUUGUUUAAACAUUCAGCCCUGGAAAGGAUGGUGUGUGAUUCAAAAGUUCACGCGCAACAUUUCAAAACCUGGUUUGUCUUAAUUAAUAGAUUUGUUUCGCAUCCCUGUGGGUUUUGUCCUAAUCGCGUUGCGUCCACACCCUUGCACAAUUACCACCUGAUGGUGCCGACAUCCAGUGAUGACUUGCAGUUGCGGAAUGACCAUCAGAGCUUAAACAACUUGCACUGUGGUUGCAGACUGCAUCAACUGCUCUCGACUGCCAUGCUUUUCUCUUUUUAAAAAAAUAUAUUUUUAUUGAGCAAUUUAAGAAUCAAAUUAUCAAUCAAUAUAACCAUUUACAUUUUCCCCCUCUCCCCCCACCCCAAGAACUUCCCUCAGCUCCCCUCGCUGGUUUUUUUUGCACAUAUUGUGCUCUGCAUAUUAUAAAAUUGUACAUACCAUUGCCUUAUCUAUCACGUUUUUAACUAAAAAAUUGUGGAUGUUUAUUCAAAACCUGCCAAGGAGUCCAAAUCAUUUUGUUGUCUGCCAUGCUUUUCAAUGAGGAACAUUCUGCGUGAAUGGCCCUGUGAAGAGACCUCAAGUAAAAUAGACGUGGCAUUGUUGGAGGAAAAAAGAGUGAGCUAAAUUAAAUUUAACUAGCUAAAUGAACUACUUGACUCUUACCUUACCAGGAAGUCCUAAUAACUAGAUUUCCUCCAGAAAGAAAUUCGUCCUUAAAGAAUAAUAGAAUCACAGAGUUGGAAGGGACACCCCCAAGGUCAUCUAGUCCAACCCCCUGCAAUGCAGGAAUAUCCGCUAAAACAUCCCUGACAGGUCGCCAGCUGACCUCUGCUUAGAAACCUCCAAGGAAAGAGGUGCCACCCUCUCCCGAGGGAGUCAAACGGCUGCCAAACAGCUCUUACUCCUCAAAUAAUUUUUUCAUUGAGGUUGAUAUAGCGAAUGGCAAAGAUUUAACUGGGUGAUUUAAUUUAAAGGUUGAAGAUUAAAUGGUAUUAUUAUUUAUUACCCGCCCUUCACUCCAAGGUCUCAGGGUGGGCUACAGCAUUAAAACAAUAUUAAAAACAAUUUUAAUGUAUUAGUUUAUUCAAUCUUUUGUAGUUUACAUUACACACACACACACUCACUCACUCACACACUCACACACAGUGGAACCUCUACUCAUGACCACAAUCCGUUCCGGAGGUCUGUCCUUAUGGCAAAUGUAUAUACUGUCUGUCUGUGUGUGUAUAACUAUAUAUAUAUUAAAAAGUUUAUACAGUAUACAGUGGACGCUCAGGUUGCAAAUGUGAUCCGUGCGGGAUGCACGUUCACAACAUGCAGUGUUCGCAACCUGCGUGUGCGCAGUCGCGGGUUGCGAUUUGGCGCUUCUGCGCAUGUGCAAAGCGCUAUUUAGAGCUUCUGAACAUGCGCGACCGCCGAAACCCGUAAGCAACCCAUUCUGGUACUUCCGGGUUUCGGAAAUCCGCAACCCGAAAAAACGCAACCUGAAAUGGCUAUAACCUGAGAUAUGACUGUAUACAUUUGCCAUAAGGAAUAUAUUUUACAUUAAAAUGUACCAAAAAAUAAUAAAAGUGUGUGUGUGUGUGUGUGUGUGUGUGUGUGUGUGUGUAUACACACACUUUUAUUAUUUUUUGGUAUAUUUCAAUGUAAAAUAUAUUUUGGCUGGUGUUUUUUUAAAAAAUAAAAAUAUUGUAUUAGUAUAUGUAUUAUUUCUGUGGUUGAUGUGAGCAGGAUCCUUGAAACGACAACAAUGAACAAACAGUGAUCAGUGUACUGGGAAACAGGGAAGUAUUUUCUCUCAGCCAGAUUGGCUAGUAGCCUUGGCAGCAGGUCAGGUUAUUUCAGAGAGGACGCCAGGCCAAAGCCGUUUCAUAAUCGUUGAAGACCAUUAUUGCCAAAUGACAUUCUAGAACAGCAGCGUGAUUCACUGUCUAGGUUGGACACACUGCCACCUGCAGUUGGAAUAGCAGUAUUACAGCUAACUCUACACACAGCCUGAGGAUUGGCUCAGUUCCUUGAGCCAUCUGAAAGGAGUUGCUUUGAGGGCAACUUACUGUCAACCUUCUCUUUGCAUGUGGUAUCAUGCAUCAUAUGUGUUUGCUGGGGUGGUGGAGAGAGAGAGAGAGAGAGAGAGGGAUGGACUGUGAUGAAAUAAGGUUCUACUUAAGGGUCCAUCGCUCAGUUACAAAUCCUCCAUUAUUUUUUCGAUUAAAAUAGGGAUAUUCUAUUUAUUAUUAUUAUUAUUAAUAAUAAUAAUACCGCGUCCAUCUGUCUGGGGUGGGGUGUGGCUUCCAACACACACACACACAUAACACAUUAAACAUUUUGUGCGACACGGGUGGCACUGUCGGUUAAACCACAGAGCCUAGGGCUUGCCGAUCAGAAGGUCAGUGGUUCGAAUCCCCGCGACAGGGUGAGCUCCCGUUGCUCAGUCCCUGCUCCUGCCCACCUAGCAGUUCGAAAGCACAUCAGAGUGCAAGUAGAUAAAUAGGUACCACUCCGGCGGGAAGGUAAACAGUGUUUCCGUGCGCUGCUCUGGUUCUCCAGAAUCGGCUUAGUCAUGCUGGCCACAUGAUCCGGAAGCUGUAUGCCGGCUCCCUCGGCCAGUAAAGCGAGAUGAGCGCCACAACCCCAGAGUCGGCCAUGACUGGACCUAAUGGUCAGGGGUCCCUUUACCUUUUAAGCAUUUUAAAACUUCCUUAUACAGGGUUGCCUUCAGGUUUCUUCUAAAGCAUGUAUAGUUACUUAUCUCCUUGGCUCUGAGGUCACAUAGCCUCCAACAUUUCUCCAAAGAAGAUAGAGGCGUCCCCUCCAACAUUUUUCAGGUGAAAACAAGGACGUCCUACCACACCCUCCAACGCUUUUCCGAUGAAAAUAGGGGAAAUGUGGGACAUUCCAGGAUCAAAUCAGAAACUGGGGCAGCUUCUGUAAAUCCGGGACUGUCCCUGGAAAAUAGGGUCUGCAGUUACAGCUUGCUGGUAUAAUAAAGGACACCUCAAGGUUUAUACAAUGCUUUCUGAGCGUUUGAAGCACAGGGCACGCAUAAUGACAGUAAUCCUUCCAUGCCAGAACCUUGUAACGUAGGACAGUAUAAUUAUCCUCACAUUUGUUAUUGGGCAUGCAUAUGAGUGCACAUCAGGCAGUAUUUAUAUAUCCCAAUUUAGCAAUGACAAGGUGUUAAAAAGUUUUGGGAUUUGUAGGCAUCGCAUGCGGGCAAUGCCCAACCACCAGCACUAUGAACUCAUGAGGACUAGUAUGUUUCACUCAAAAGGAAAGAAGGAAAGCAAGCAAGCAAGCCAAAAAUGGACCUCAGUUUCAAUAAGAUUUUGUGAGUGUUUGGUUGGACUGUGAUGCCCUCCCCGAAUAACCAUCCCCAUCUCAAUUUAGCUCCCAUAAGGGAUGAUUAAGACAAGAGUGCCUGGCGUGCUCUGGUCCAUGGGGUCAUGAAGAGUCAGACACGACUAAACAACAACAAAGCGAUUAAUUCAUUGGGAAGUAGCUUUUAUUAGAAUGUUCCCAGUUUGUUUCCCUCUGUAUAUGCCUUGGGUAGUGCUGUGGGUUAAUCCACAGAGCCUAGGACUUGCCAAUCGGAAGGUCGGCGGUUUGAAUCCCCGCGAUGGGGUGAGCUCCCGUUGCUCGGUCCCUGCUCCUGCCCACCUAGCAGUUCGAAAGCAUGCCAAUGCAAGUAGAUAAAUAGGUGCUGGUCUGGCGGGAAGGUAAAUGGCGUUUCCAUGCACUGCUCUGGUUCGCCAGAAGUGGCUUAGUCAUGCUGGCCACAUGACCCAGAAGCUGUACGCCGGCUUCAUCAGCCAAUAAAGCGAGAUGAGCACCGCAACCCCAGAGUCGGUCACGACUGGACCUAAUGGUCAGGGGUCCCUUUACCUUUAUCUUAUAUAUGCCUUGCUUGCCUAUUUCUCCCCUUAUUCUCUUCCUUACAAUCAACAUUAGGAAGAGCUUUUGACAGCAAGAGCUGCUAGACUGCGGAAUGAACAACCUCAGAAGGUGGUGGUCUCUCCUUUCCUUGGUGGAUUUUAAGCAGAGGUUGGGUGGCCAUCUACGCCAAGCAAAGCAGUGGGCUCCUUACCUCUCUUGCUCUGACCUAGCCACUGUGAUCCACGCGACGGUCACCUCCAGGAUUACUGUAACUCACUCUACAUGGGGCUGCCCUUGAGACUGACCCAGAAACUCCAGCGGGUGCAGAAUGCCACAGCGAGACUCCUUACGUGGUCCUCGCUGCAGGAUCACAUUCACCCGGUGCUACACCAGCUGCACUGGCUCCCGGUGGAGUGCAGGAUCAGGUUCAAGGUGCUGGUUUUGACCUUUAAAGCUCUAUACGGCCUAGGACCCUCGUACCUACGGGUCUGCCUUCCUGGUAUGCCCCACGGAGGAACUUACAGUCUUCAAACAAAAACACCUUGGAGGUCCCGGGCCACAGGGAGGUUAGGCUGGCCUCAACCAGAGCCAGGGCUUUUUCAGUUGUGGCCCCGAUCUGGUGGAACGCUCUGUCCCAAGAGACUAGGGCCCUGCGGGACUUGACAUCUUUCCGCAGGGCAUGCAAGACAGAGCUGUUCCGCCUGGCCUUUGGGUUUGGACUCAGUCUGACCCCCUCCUUCGGUAAUCCUCAUAGAACUCUAGCCCAAUGGUUGCCAUUAAUUUGAUUUUGAACUGAUUUUAGAAUGAAUUGAUUUUAGAAUGUAUUUCAAUUAAUAGAUUGUGAUUGUAUGUAAACUGUGUUACUUUUACUGUUGUUAGCCGCUCUGAGCCCGGCUUUGGCUGGGGAGGGUGGAAUAUAAAUAAAUUAUUAUUAUUAUUAUUAUUAUUAUUAUUAUUAUUAUUAUUAUCUUUAGCUGAGAUUCCUGUGUUUUCAGGGGGUUGGACUAGAUGACCCUCAGUGGCCCCUUCCAACUCCAAGCUUCUAUGAUUCCUGCCCCUGCUUUGUGGUCUUUACCUAAGGAGCGUGUUUUGUGUUCCAUUCACAGUGGCAUCGCUGACCUGCUUCCACUGUGAGAACGAGGAAAACAAUUGGAACUGCCUGAAGCCAAAGACCUGCGGCGACUCGGACAAGUACUGCGUCACCAAGUUUUUCGGUGGAGGCGUCGGUGAGUGCCGCGUAGCUUCGUCAACUUCUACCAUUCUUGCCUUUUCUCUAAAUUGAAAUGUCCCAAAGGCGGCAACCUCUUGAUUACUUUUACCUGGCCUAUCUGAGUGAGUUGCCUAGGGCACAGACCUCAGAGGGGUGCAAUACUGACCUUUGAGGGGGCCAGUUUUACGCAGAUUCGAUUUUGUUCUCUCUUACAAAUUCCUGAUAUAUUUUACUUUCAUUUUGAAGAAUGUUAUCAUUUCUAUCAGUUUUUGGAAAUUGAAAAUUGGAGCCGCCCAGAGUGGCUGGGGAAACCCAGCCAGAUGGGUGGGGUAUGAUGAAGAAGAAGAAGAAGAAGUUAGUGUGUGUGUGUGUGUGUGUGUGUGUGUGUGUGUGUGUGUGUGUGAGCAAGCAAGCAAUCUUCAGUCUUCAAUCUUUAAAUUAAAUCAUCCAGUUAAAUCUUUGCCAUUCGCUAUAUCGGUGGCGCUGUGGGUUAAACCACAGAGCCUAGGGCUUGCUGAUCAGAAGGUCGGCGGUUUGAAUCCCCGCGACGGGGUGAGCUCCCGUUGCUCGGUCCUUGCUCCUGCCCACCUAGCAGUUCAAAAGCAUGUCAAAGUGCAAGUAGAUAAAUAGGUACCGCUCUGGCGGGAAGGUAAACGGCGUUUCCGUGCGCUGCUCUGGUUCGCCAGAAGUGGCUUAGUCAUACUGGCCACAUGACCCGGAAGCUGUACGCCAGCUCCCUCGGCCAAUAUAGCGAGAUGAGCGCCGCAGCCCCAGAGUCGGUCACGACUGGACCUAAUGGUCAGGGGUCCCUUUACCUUUAUAUCAACCUCAAUAAAAAAUUAUUUGAGGAGUAACAGCUGUUUGGCAGCCGUUUGACUCCCUAAGGGAGGUGUGGCCCCUCCUUCCUUAGAGGUGUUUGUGUGUGCGUGUGUGCAAGCAAGUAACCUUGUUUAGGGCAUAAAGUAGCGUUUCACCAGCCCAAGUCACACCUGUGCAUUACAGGGUGGUAUCGGCAGGCUCCCUUGUCCUUUAAAGCGAGAUGAGCGCCGCAACCCCCGAGUCGUCUGCGACUGGACUUAAUGGUCAGGGGUCCCUUUUCCUUUAGUCAUAAUGGCUGUGCUCCUCUGAAUUCCAGCUGCUGGGAACUACAGGAGGGGACAGGGCUCUUGUGUUCGAAUCCUGCUUGCGGGUUUCCCAUGGGGGCAAUAAUAAUAAUAAUAAUAAUAGUUUAUUAUUUAUACCCCGCCCAUCUGGCUGAGUUUCCCCAGCCACUCUGGGCGGCUCCCAAUCAAGUGUUAAAAACAAUACAGCAUUAAAUAGUAAAAACUUCCCUAAACAGGGCUGCCUUCAGAUGUCUUUUGAAGAUAAGAUAGCUACUUAUUUCCUUCACAUCUGAAGGGAGGGUGUUCCACAGGGUGGGCGCCACUACCGAGAAGGCCCUCUGUCUGGUUCCCUGUAACCUCACUUCUCGCAAUGAGGGAACCGCCAGAAGGCCCUCGGCGCUGGAUCUCAGUGUCUGGGCUGAACGAUGGAGGUGGAGACCUCCUUCAGGUAUACAGGACCGAGGCCAUUUAGGAUGAAUGGUGCCACACUAUAAAGCAGUUUUUAAAUAUUCUGACUGUUUGAACUGUCUCCUUGGGCCAUCUUUUUUUAUAUAUAAAAAUAACUGGACCUCUUUCUUUCCUUCCUUCCUUCCAGGUGACAACAAGAAGCAGUCCAUCAGCAAAUACUGCUCUCCCUUGUGCCCCCAAGGUGGGAUCGACCUCGGCGUCAUGGCCUUUUCCAUCAAAUGCUGCGAGUCCGAGCUGUGCAACUUAAGCGGGGCUUCCGGCGUGAAAAGCAGCUCCCUGAUCUUGGUUGCGGGCACCUUGGCCAGUCUGCUGUACAUCUUUGGAGCCAAGUUGUAGAUGUAGAAGGCGAGAAGGACUUCUCCUCCAGGGAGAAACCCAACCUUUUCCCCCACGUGCAAAACUGUGCUUUGUAAUGCAUGCCUGUUAACUUUAUUCUCUGCCCAGAGCCGCCUUUCCCGUUGGUGUUAGUGGUGCGUUGCGCCAGGGCGCCCUUGAGAGUUGGGGAGCUGUGUGGCUUUGCUGGCAGCCUCCCCCAUAGCUGCCAAUGUUUCCCUUUUUUUAAGGGAAGUUCCCUUAUUCCGAAUAGGAUUCCUCGCAAGAAAAGGGAAAAGUUGACAGCUAUGGCCUCCCCUUUCCCUGCCUGCCUGCCCGCUGCGCCCCACAUAUAUGGCGGGCGGGCAGCUUUCCUCCCAAGCCUCUGCAUCUGCUGAAGAUGGCCCUGAUCCCAGUGGUCAUCCUCCUCCUGCUUCCUGGUGAAAGGUGGCGCGCAGCCUUCCCGGGCGCCCUGACGCCAGAGAGCACGUCCGCCAGCACGUUUUCCUGCUUGAUCACCGCCACCACGCCGGGGAUUGGGGCAGUGGGGGAGGCAAAGGACAUUUUCCACCACCCCCUCCCUUGUUUUGGAGUUGCAGGGGCGCCGGAGGGAUCUUUGCACCACCAAUGCACCGGAUAUGCUUAAGACGGCCUUGUCUCUGUCCACACCGACUUGGAGCACUUUCUGAGUCAAGGAGCAUUCAUUCCACUGGCGCCACAUCUAUGGCCCACGCACAUAAUGGACAGGGCAGGGAUUACUCAUGAGUAAGCCCCCUCUGGUCUCCUCAAGCUGGAAAGAUGAGCUGCAGCUCAAUGAAGAACAUGGGUGGGUCGGUGGGUGCUUCCUCCCCACGAGUAGGCCCAUUUGCGGGGGGAAAGGCAACCUAGCCUCUCACUAGAAACCGGGGCAGCGAGUAAAGCAGCUUGUGGGCUUUCCCUACAGGUUGGUUUACUCCAGAGUAAACACCCAUCGCAUGCCAAGCUUGCAAGGAUGAUACGCCACUUAAUUAUUAAUCUGUAUUUUUACUGUUGGGGACAGUUAGCGAAAAGUGGUCUAAAAAUCUAAUAAAUACGUUAACGUACACAUUUAGAUGGCAGGAACAUUGUAUGUUUUUUUGGGGGGUGGGGAGGGUUGGGGAAAGUGCAAGAAAACCUUUUCGCUGGAACAUAUCCUGAGAAAAAUUGCUAAUAUGGACAUCACACAGACUCCAGGAAGGAUUUUUGGGGUUGGCUUGGGAAGGGUAAUAUCUUCCCUGAACAGUUCUGCCCUCUUGAGGCUCUGUUUACAUAUGCACAGCAUGGUGGGAAAUAAAGAGAUUGUGAAAUAAGUAAAUAUAUCUCCCUCUUGGGCAAAGUGUAGGCAGUCAACCAAAGCAUCUCUAAUUCCCAGAUUUCUUUUCUUUUCUUUUUUUAAAAAAACCCUGUGCUGUUAAUUUUGCUUUGUAUUACACCAAGAAUGUUUGCAGGGCAAUCCUAAAUAGGUUUACUCAGAAGUAAGUCCUGCAGCUUUCAAUGUGGACCAGGUUUGGCUGCUUAAGAAAAGCUGUUUUUCUCCACGGUGACCUGAGGACACGCAGACACACUUGGCCCAAGGGAGAAUCAUGUUAUUCAAGGAAAUUAUUCUUCUCUGGCAUUUUAUAUUCUACACUGUUACAGAAAAAUCUAGGUGCGAGGCUGCUCAGUCACCCAGCUGGUCAGGCAGAGCCUGCAGAAUAAAGGAAGGAGUCCAGCCACCAACCGGAGCAAAUAGCUGUAGACCAAAGCUUAUUGCGCAACAGGUUCAAAGAGGAAUUUUGAACCCCGAGGAUGGGGUGACAAGGACUUUUAAAAGUUUCUAUUUAUCCCAGCAUACAGUUCAUUAAGCAUCAUCACUACAUCAUUGCUACAUCAUAAAAGGGGAGGGUUAUACAUGAUUAACAGGGACGCAGGUGGCGCUGUGGGUUAAACCACAGAGCCUAGGGCUUGCUGAUCAGAAGGUCGGCGGUUCGAAUCCCUGCAACGGGGUGAGCUCCAGUUGCUCGGUCCCUCCUCCUGCCAACCUAGCACUUCGAAAGCACGUCAAAGUGCAAGUAGAUAAAUAGGUACCACUCUGGCGGGAAGGUAAACGGCGUUUCCGUGCGCUGCUCUGGUUCACCAGAAGCGGCUUAGUCAUGCUGGCCACAUGACCUGGAAGCUGUACGCCGGCUCCCUCGGCCAAUAAAGCAAGAUGAGCGCUGCAACCCCAGAGUUGGCUAUGACUGGACCUAAUGGUCAGGGGUCCCUUUACCUUUACCUUAUACAUAAUUAACAUAGGAGGAAUGUGUUGGGGCAACAGGCAGAUACAGGAUAUGUAUUGGGAAGUACAUUCUAAGCACCUACUACAGUGGUACCUCAGGUUACAUACACUUCAGGUUACAGACUCCGCUAACCCAGAAAUAGUGCUUCAGGUUAAGAACUUUGCUUCAGGAUGAGAACAGAAAUUGUGCUCCGGCAGCGCGGCUGCAGCAGGAGGCCCCAUUAGCUAAAGUGGUGCUUCAGGUUAAGAACAGUUUCAGGUUAAGAACGGACCUCCGGAACAAAUUAAGUACUUAACCCGAGGUACCACUGUACAAAGGGACAAUAGAACUUUGGUUUGCAUAGUCUGCCACCUGGGCAAGACCAGAGGAGUGCCUUUGCCCAGCGACUGACAUCUGUGAGUACAUGACCUCCCACUUGAGGGAUUAUGGCAGGGACCGAGUGGUUUCCAAGUCCUUGGCCAAUGCAGCAAAUUGGCAGUGGAAUGAAGGAAACUGGCAAAGGAAUUGAUUUUAUGUGGUUUUUAAAGCUAGGUCACUUCCCUGAGCUGUCGAGUCGAAAGGAUACAUUUAUGCAUAAUAUUUGUAACAUCUAACAAUUUUAAAGAUGUGCCCCCCCCCCUGUAAUUUUCGUAACAACACUCUCCUCUUUAUGAAGUGUGUAUUUUUUGCACAAAGCUCUGAACCUGAAUAACAACAACAAUAAACGAUCCAAACCGCACAUGCAA